AUGAAUAUUAGUCCCGAACCGAACGGAGUCUACCGGACUAUCUGUGAGCUGGUGAAGUUGUUCUGCACCGACAGCAGCCACAGAAAAGAGCUGAGGCAUUUCCUGAGUGGCCUCAUCGCUUCGCUCAGUAAUCCAAAAGCUCUGAAGAAAUUUUUGAUCAAAGAGGACGUCGAAGAACUGCCCAGUGGCGAGGAGCAGUGGGAGGUCCCUGAGCCCAUCAGACCAGCCGAGAUCAGCCUGGACACAGGUCUGUUGAGGAGUCACUCCUCCUUCACCUCCUCAGAGGAACCGAACCGCCCUGCUCCCACAGAUGGGGAGCAAACGCUGGCUUGCUGGCCUCCCCGAGCAUCCAUGCUGAACUCAAGCAGUAGCGCCGCUGGUCAGGCCAAGAGCAGCGUGAUUGAAGCCGUUUUAAAGAUGUGGCCCCCUCCUGCCAGCCCUAAAGACAAAGAGCCAGAGAAAGAAUUUGGUUCUGGUAGAAGAAGCCACGAAGAAGAGCGGCCUCCCAGAAGAGCUGCAGACCUGCCCGGGCUUCAGAGCCACCCAGGACAGCCUCACACUGCCGCUGUGACCACCAGACCCCCAGCAGAACGCAGCCAGCAGAGUAACACGGGAGAGACGGGAGAGAAGACCCUCGCAGCUCCCAGACCAGAACCCGGCCCUCCAUCUGUGCAGCCUGCCAGAACAUCCAGCGACCAGCCCACUCCAAACAAGCCAGCCGUCCUCAAUGCACUGGUGACCUCCGGGACAUUCCAGGGGACAGCAGCUGCUGCAGAGACCCACCGUCCUCCUCUGAACUUGGACUUCCCCAUGUGGAACAAAGACCAGGCCGCUCUGGAGGACAUGGAGCUCACCUGCCAGAGACCCCCCACCGUGGUGCUGUCGGACGAACAGCCGGACCUGACAGCGAUCGGUGAGUGGGGGGAGCAGCUGGUCUACUCCUUCCUGUGUAACUGGAGAGACGGCAGCGACCUGGGUCGGCCCGCUCACAUCCUGUGGUGCAAUCAGAGCGGAGAGAGCGGCCAGCCCUACGACUUCAAGCUCACCUUCGGCGCGGGGGCCACUCCAGGGGUGGUGUUCGUGGAGGUGAAGUCGACUGUGAAGAAAGAUAAGUCGUUUAUCCACCUCUCUGCCAACGAGCUGGACUUCGCUCUGAAGGAGAAGGACCAGUACCACAUCUACAGACUGUACAACGCAGGAGACGCUCAGAACGUCCGCCUGUGUCGCAUUCGCAACCUGGCACAGCAUCUCCACACCAAAGACUUGGAGCUGUAUCUGUUUGUGUAG